AUGCCCUCGUCUCUGGCCGACUACCUGGCCAAAAAUUACCUAACUGCGGACCCGCAACCCGAGCGCCCCAAAAAGAAAAGAAAAAAGAACAAAUACGGCGACAACUUCGACGAUACUGGCAGCGGCGGCCUGAUUAUCGCCGACGACGAUCCGCCCUCUCUCCGCGCCUCAGGCGGCCCUAAUCACAACGAGGAUGACGAAAACUCCCCCUUUGUGCUAGAUGCCUCCCGCUCAACGGCCGAGUUCCGCCGGAAGAAGAAAUCCGGCUGGAAGGCUGUUGCGACUGCUACGCCUGCUGGUGGGGAGGGUGAGGAUGAAGCGGAUGCAAUUCUGGCCUCGGCGGCGGCAGAGAGUGCGGCGAGGCUGCGCGCGGAGAAUAUGGAUGAUGCGCCAGCUAUAGAAGGGGGUAUUGAUGAUGAGGAGGACGGUGGUCCGCGGAUGGAAUCUGGGGCGCGCCCCGGUCUCCAAACAGCGGCACAGACAGCGGCGAUGGUCGCAGCACAGGAACGCAAAAAGAAGAAAGAUCUCGCAGCGUUCCAGGCGUCAGUGGCACAGCAAGAAGAGGACGGGGCAGCAGCGAGCCACCAGCAGACGAUAUACCGUGACGCCUCCGGGCGGAUUAUCAACGUGGCUAUGAAACGCGCUGAAGCACGACGAGCAGAGGAAGAAGAAAAGGAAAAAGAGGAGCGGGCAAAGGAAGCGCUGAUGGGGGAUGUACAGCGGCAACAGCGUGAAGAACGACGACAAGAGCUACGAGACGCGCGCGCGAUGCCGUUGGCGCGGACGGCGGAGGAUGAGGAUUUGAAUGAGGAGCUGCGGGCUCGCGAACGAUGGAAUGAUCCUGCGGCACAGUUCUUGACGUCGAAGAAGACGGGUACGAGUUCGACGGGGAAACCUCUGUAUAAAGGGGGCUUUGCGCCGAAUAGAUAUGGGAUAAGGCCUGGUCAUCGGUGGGAUGGAGUGGAUAGGGCGAAUGGGUUUGAGAAAGAGUGGUUUCAGGCGAGAGCGAGGAAGGAGAGGACUAGUAAUUUGGAGUAUGCGUGGCAGAUGGAUGAAUAG